GGAAGACGAAUGUUAAUGAUUCAUUUCAACAGAAAACCCAAGAGUGUACUUAAAUGUCUUAAAUACUCUAAUCUAAGAAGUAUUUCAAAAAGGAGAAGAGGAGGCUGGUUUCUGGUCUCCAUGCAGGGGAAAUGUUUCAGAAAAAAGCUGAAGAAAACUGGUCCUGUCAGGUCUACGGAGUGUUUCAGCUCCAUCAAAACAGGAAGCAGUUUUAAAAGAAAAAACCCAAAGUUUCUUUAGCAACAAGCUGCAGCAGAGUCUCCACGCACCUCUGGUUAGAAGCUCUGCCAGACUGCACACCAUGAUUAUCUCCAUCGCCUCCAUCCGGCUCGGUCUGGGAGGAAAAUGUCUGCUCGACUGGGCUCUGGUGUUUCUCCAGAGGAAACACAUCCACAAAAGCUUCCUGGCAGUUUUCGGUGUUUCCCUCGCUGUCAUCGACACAGUCCUGACCCUCUUUGUCACCAUCCUGCACGUGCACGCUGAUGGACACGUCAUCCUCCUGGGCUUAAAGCUGACCAGGUACCAUGUAUGUUUGCUGGUUCAAAUCCUCGGACAAGUCUGCCAUGCUCUGCAGUGGCCCAUUGUAGUCGUGGCCGGUUUGGACCAUUUCUUUACAGUCACUCGGAGGCUGCAACCCACAACCGGCAGGACCAGAUUAUUUGUCUGCUUGUUUGCGUCCGGCCUCCUGUGGUUCCUCGCUGCUCUCUACGUUUUCCUGCUGUCUGGUUUCGUUCCUGUCAUGGAGGAUGUGUCUCACAACCAGAUACACCAGUGCUGGGUAUUUCACACCACUCAGAUCCUGCAGGUUGCCACGUUUCUCCUCCUGACUCUGGGCUGUGCAGUGUUGCAUGCUGGGUGCAGCACUCGGUUAUUAAAUUAUCACCCUUUGAAAAACCAAAUUACAGACCGAAGUAGAGCUCACUCCAGAAGAGAUGUUGUUCAUCAAGCCCUACAUAUAUUUCUGAACACAUGGGCCCCAUUACUUUUUUUGCUGGCCGUGUUCCUCCUGCUUCCUGUGGGAAUACCUGCAUACCUGGGUCUGAACGCUGUCUGGCUCUGUUUCCUCAACAGCCUUCUGAUAGCGGUGGUUUUAUGUGCAGUCUCACAGAUACAGCAGGACCUGGCAGCAGCUCCUCCUGACAGCUUCUGUGAGUGGACAUUUCAAUGUAGCUCGGCUGAAGAGGACUGAACAUGACGGCACAAAGCAAAUACAAACAGAGCUCAUGGUUAGAAUUAGCUGAUUAGACCUCAAUGUCAUAAACUUGUAUUUCUGAAGAAAAGUUGGACUACCAAGGUAGCGGUCCGGUUUUACAAAUGGCACCAUGUGUCUGUCAGUUAUCGCACCACUUUGGUCCAGAACGAAAUGUCAAAACAACUGUUGGAUGGAUUGUAAUGUUUGGUACUCCAUGUUCCUCUGAGAAUGAAUCCCAAUGACUUUGGUGAUCCCCUGACUUUUUAUUACAACCAAUAGGUUGACUUUUGUGUGUUUUAGGGAAAUGUAUGAACAACUGUUCAACUGGUUAAUUAAAUAAUUAAUUGUAGUAAGUUCUCUUUUGAAACCAGGGUGUUGGGUUCAGCAGGAGCCAUUCUGAUGUCAGAUGUGUCAGAUGGCUUUCUGCGUUUAUGCUAACAAGCUGCAGUUAGCUAAAUAUACGUAAAUAUGAAACCACAAACUACAUUUUUAGACCCCGCUUUUUGCAUUGAAUGUCAAAAUUUGAAAAAAAAUAUUUUACUGGCCAGACAUUUAACAAUAAAUAUCAAACAUGGUGGGUCCAAUUAAGUUGUCUCUGAUCUACAUGUUAAAACUUAAGCCAGGGAAACGUACGAUGAUAUGUACUGCUCACCAGUACAUUUACUCAAGUAAUGUGCUUAAGUAACGUUUUGAGGUACUUGUAUGUUAUUAAAGUCUGUUAAUUGUCUGCUACUUUUAUUUUUACUAUAUUUGAGGGAAAUAUUGUACUUUUGACUCCACAACAUUUACUUGAUAACUUUAGUUACUAGUUACUGUACAGUACGUUCAUAUUAAGAAUACAAUCAACAAAUAGUGGAAAUUUGUAGCAGUAUAUAAAAUAAUAUAUAUUAAUUAUUGCCAGUAGUAGGGAUUCUCGAGAUCAGACACAGACAGAUUAGAAGUUGAGAGCUAUAAGCGCUCUAGAUCUUUUAGACUUCGACACAUGCAUUAUUGAUGAUGCAAGUUUCAACGGCUUAAUAGAAAAUAUCCACGUUUGAUUAUACAUCAUUGAUUAAUGGCCAAAAUUUGCACCGAGCCCACGGACAUGUUUGGAACUGGAGGCAGCUCCUAUUGAGCAGGUUUAAAAAUAGUUCAUAACAUUGUGAUGAAACGGAUCCUGUGAGUUUUGUGACAAUCAGAUAACAAUUUCUGAUUUAUAGUAUAAUUCGGGUUGUGUCACAUCCACUUAAAUUUCUAGCACUUAGAUAAA